CAAGAAUUUGAUACCUUCUUGGAAAUUUCCAGAAAUGUUGCUAGGGAGAAAUAUGUAAACCCGGUCCAUGUUUGGAUUUUUCUCGGCAAAAUAACGCAAUGGAUGCGCCACUCAUUUCCUAGUCCAAUCCAAAAUAGACAUAAAACUUUGGAAAUGGCUCUCGAUGGGUUUCAGUCUUACACUCCAUCCCAGUUGAAUAAAACAUGUCAUCAGCAGCAGCAGCCACCAAUUUCCACCAGCCAAACCUCGAACUCUUUACCUGCCGAUCUUGCACGCUCAAAUCUCUGAAACCCAUUUCUUCUCUACGAUUUCACACUUCAAAAUUUGUUUUCUCUGGUGGGUUAUUAUUAGUCCCCAAGAAAGGUGUUUCUGGGAGGAGGAGGAGGAGCAGAGCCAUGGGCCCCAACUCCAUGGUUGAGCUAAUAAAGAUGCUACCUUUUAGGAACCCUGAUGAUGAUGAUGAUGAAGAAGGCGUUGGAGUGCUUCAACGUGAUGAUUAUGUUGAUGGGCCUUCAGAAUUGAGUCCUUUGAUUGUGGAUAAAGGGUGGGAAUCUACACUCAAUCGACUGAGCAAGUGGAUUAUAUCUGCCCUUUUUGCUGUUGUGAUUCUAUGGAGGCAUGAUGCUGAAGCCAUGUGGGCUGCUAUGGGGUCUGUUGCAAAUACCAUUCUAUCUUUGGCACUCAAAAAUAUACUAAACCAGGAGAGACCUGUUCCCUCAUUGAGAUCUGAGCCUGGAAUGCCUUCUUCCCAUGCACAAUCUAUCUUCUACAUUGUUUUGUUCACAAUUUGGUCAGUUGUGGAAUGGCUAGGGAUAAAUGAGAUUACCCUGACCAUCGGUGCUUUUGCCUUAGCAACUGGGAUAUAUCUUUCGUGGUUACGAGUCUUGCAAAAACUUCAUACACUCAGCCAAGUGGUUGUGGGUGCUACAUUUGGAACCAUUUUCUCCAUUCUUUGGUUGUUGUUAUGGAAUGCUUUUGUGUAUAGAGCAUUUAUUUCCUCUUUAUGGGUUCGAAUAGUUAUAGCAUUGUGGGCUGCUGGGUUUUGCCUAGGAUUUGUUGUAUACGUAAUUCGUCAUUGGCUCAGGGAUGAACGUUGAACUCUGAAAAUUGAUAGAUAGUAAGAUGCACUUCUUUUUCAGUUCUAACCACAAAUUGAUCGCCUCCAAUGCUUCUCAAUUUCAUUUUUCUGUUAAAUGUCAUUCAGAGAAGUAGAAAUGUAUACAAAUUCACUAUUCGGUACCGAAA